UCAUGAGUUGUUACCAUUCCCAGCUAGAUAAAGAAUCAGCAAUCCUGUCCAUUUUAUAGUUCAGUAUCAUCGCUGCUAAUUUAGGAAUCUGGGUUAGCAAUGAUCUUUCAAGGAGAACAAAUUGAAUCAUUGAAGGAGAAAAAAGGAGAAAAUGAAUCAGUUGAAGAAGAAGAAGAAGAAGAAGAAGAAGAAGAAGAAGCAACAGACCAACCUGAAGGUGUAGGAGCUUUGGAGUGGCUGAACUUGAGCCUGGGUAGGAACAAACAGCUUUUAACUGAAUCACAAAGCUCUGCAGGUUCAGCCAAGACCUUUUCAUGCAACUUCUGUAAGAGAGUAUUCUACAGCUCACAGGCAUUGGGAGGCCAUCAAAAUGCCCACAAGAGGGAGAGGAGUGCAGCCAGAAGGCACCAAGCUCAGAGAAUGAUGACUCUGCUUGGUCUGCCAAUACAUAAUUCUAUGGUUAGAUCACUUGGUGUUCAACCACAUUCACUGGUGCACAAAACAAGCAGGGAAGAUACUGCAAUAGUAGCAAGAUUUAAUCAUGUAAAAAGUGGUUCAUGGGCACCUUUCAUGCUGGGGGAUGCCAUGGACUUGAGGUGGCCAGGAAGCUUCCGCUUCACUCAACAUCAAGUUCUCCCAGAGUCACCACCACUACGAGAACCGCAAAUGGAACCAUUCAAGCUUGACCUGAAUCUCCGACUUUAAUUCUUGUAUCUGUCUGUCAAGAACUCUGGAGUCAUCUUCUUCAUUCUGAUUGUGUCAUCAUAUAUCAAGUACAUGACUAACCUUAGGGGAAGUGCUUAGAAUCCUAUGUAAAACCAGGAAGAAGCAGCAUUAAUGUUAUAUCUCUUCUGCUUAUGGAAACA